AUCAAUGCCACAAGAGGGAAUGUGCUGCUUACAGGUGGAGGUAUCUGGGAAAAAGUCAAGAGGAAAAUUUCGGACUCAAUCUGAGAGAUACUCAACCCCAGCCAUGGUUUCUUCCUGGUUUCCUGUUUGUGUGACAGCUUUGGCAGCCUGUGUCCUCAAUGUAGGUGCCUUAGACACAUUCGUGGCUGCUGUAUAUGAACAUGCUGUUAUAAUGCCAAAUAGGACAGAAACAUCUGUUUCCCAGGAAGAUGCCCUGAUGCUGAUGAACAAGAACUUAGAUGUGUUGGAGAAAGCAAUCAAAUUGGCAGCUGAAAAGGGUGCACAUAUUAUUGUGACUCCUGAAGAUGGCAUUUAUGGCUGGGUUUUCACAAGAGAAACCAUUUACCCCUACCUAGAAGACAUCCCAGACCCUCAAGUGGACUGGAUUCCAUGUACUGAACCAAACAGAUUUGGCCAUACACCAGUACAAACAAGACUCAGCUGCUUAGCCAGAGAGAACUCUAUCUAUGUGGUAGCAAAUAUUGGAGACAAGAAAGAAUGUGAUGUCAGUGACUCCAAGUGCCCACCAGAUGGCCGGUACCAAUACAACACUGAUGUGGUGUUUGAUUCAGAAGGGAAACUGGUGGCUCGAUACCAUAAGCACAAUCUCUUUCCACCUGAAAUUCAGUUCAAUUACCCUAAAGAGGUACCAUAUGUGACCUUUGAUACACCCUUUGGAAAGUUUGGCAUUUUCACGUGCUUUGAUAUAUUCUCUUAUGAUCCUGCUGUGUUCAUAGUGGAUAAAUUCCAAGUGGACAGCAUAGUGUUCCCCACAGCCUGGUUCAACACUCUGCCCCUCUUGUCUGCUGUUCCGUUCCAUUCAUCCUGGGCUAAGGGCAUGAGAGUCAAUCUCCUUUCAGCGAAUAUUCACCACACCAGUAUGCACAUGACAGGGAGUGGAAUCUAUGCACCAGAUGCAGUUAAAGUUUAUCACUAUGACAUGGAAACAGAAAGUGGCCAGUUAUUGCUAUCAGAACUGAAGUCACGACCCCGACUGUCUUCUGACUACCCUGCAGUAGUAGAUUGGGGUGCCUAUGCCCAAAGUACCAAGCCACUCACUUCUGAUCAGCCAAACUUCCCUGGAAUUAUCUACUUUGAUGAGUUUACCUUCAUUGAACUUACUAAAGACAAAGGAAAUUACACCGUUUGCCAGAAAGACCUCUGCUGUCACUUGAGCUACAAGAUGUCUGAGAAAAGAAGUGAUGAAGCCUAUGUGUUAGGGGCUUUUGAUGGCCUUCACACUGUUGAAGGAACAUUUUAUUUCCAGGCAUGCACAUUAUUGAAGUGCCAAACAACUGAAUUAAAAACCUGUGGAGAGCCAGUUGGAUCAGCUUCACCAAAAUUUGAAGCAUUCUCCCUCAGUGGUACAUUCAAUACAGUUAUGUCUUCCCACAGUUAGUGCUAAGUGGGACCUCAACUUGCAUCUGAACAACACUAU